AGGGGGGGAGCGUGCGUGAGCGUGAGCGUGAGCGUGCGUGGGAGCUAGUGUGAGUGUGCGUGAGUGUGCCCGCCCGGAGCCCAGAGCUAGAGCGCAGAGCAGCGCAGCGCAGCUCAGAGCUCAGCAGCUAAGCCGAGCAGAGAGCGACACCGAGUCGGGCCGGACCCGCAGCCAUGGCCGAGAACGUGGUGGAGCCCGGGCCGCCCGCCCCGAAGCGGCCCAAGCUUGCCUCACCGGCCCUGUCCGUGGCCGCCAGCGACGGCACAGAUUUUGGAUCCUUGUUUGACUUAGAACACGACUUACCAGAUGAAUUAAUCAACUCUUCAGAAUUGGGACUUACCAAUGGUGGUGACAUUAAUCAGAUCCAGUCAAGUCUUAGCAUAGCACAAGACGCUGCCUCAAAACAUAAACAGCUUUCUGAAUUGUUACGGGCUGGCAGUUCCCCAAAUCUCAAUAUGGGAGUUGGUGGCCCCGGACAAGGCAUGGCUACUCAAGCCCAGCAGAACAGUCCUGGAAUGGGAAUAUUGAAUAGCAUGGUCAAAAGCCCCAUGGGCCAGGCCAGCUUGACUUCUCCGAACAUGGGAGUGGGUGCCAGUGGGCCAAAUCAAGGUCCUUCCGCACAGUCUGCCGCAGGUAUGAUCCCAGGAGUGAACAGUCCAGUUAAUCAGCCUGGCCUCGGGAUGAACACAGGCAUGGGUGCUGGCAUGAAUCCUGGCAUGUUAGCUACAGGCAACGGGCAGGGGAUGAUGCCAAGUCAAGUCAUGAACGGUUCCAUUGGAGCGGGCAGAGGGAGACCGAACAUGCCGUAUCCAAACCAAGGCAUGGGAAGUGCCGGCAAUUUACUGGCUGAGCCACUGCAACAAGGCUCUCCCCAGAUGGGAGGACAGGCCGGAUUAAGGGGUCCACAACCUGGAGGAGCCUUGGGCAAGAUGGGAAUAAUGAAUAAUCCCAAUCCUUAUGGUCCACCGUACAGUCAGAACCCUGCUCAACAGAUUGGAGCUGCUGGACUUGGCCCCCAGAUGCAGAACAAGGCUGGAAUGCCCAACAGCUUACCCCAGUUUCCAAUGGACAAAAAGCCUGUUCCUGGAGCAGGAAUGCCUAACAUGGGCCAGCAGCAGGCCCCUCAAGUUCAGCCACCUGGCAUGGUGCCCUCUGCACCCCAGGGGAUGGGUUCUGGACCCCCCACAGCUGAUCCUGAGAAGAGGAAGCUCAUUCAACAGCAACUUGUUCUUCUCUUGCAUGCCCACAAGUGUCAGCGGCGCGAGCAAGCCAACGGGGAAGUGCGCCAGUGUAACCUUCCCCACUGUCGCACAAUGAAGAAUGUCCUCAACCACAUGACACAUUGCCAGGCUGGCAAGUCCUGCCAGGUGGCACAUUGUGCUUCUUCAAGACAAAUCAUCUCACACUGGAAGAAUUGCACAAGGCACGACUGUCCUGUGUGUUUGCCCCUCAAAAAUGCUGGGGAUAAAAGAAAUCAACAAUCAAUAUUGACCGGCGCUUCAGUGGGCAUUGGAAAUGCUGGUUCUGUAGGGGUGGGUCAGCAAAGUACUCCCAGCCUAAACCCUCCCAGUCAGAUUGAUCCCAGUUCCAUAGAGCGGGCGUAUGCAGCUCUCGGCCUAACCUAUCAAGGAAACCAGAUGCAGACUCAGCCACAAGCUCCGGUGAAGAAUCAGCAGCCAGGGCAGCCAGCCCAGGGCAUGCGCCCCAUGAACGCCUUGAGUGCCAGUCCUAUGGGUGUGAAUGGAGGUGUAGGGGUUCAGCCAUCUAGUCUGCUUCCUGACGCAAUGAUACAUUCAACCAUGAAUUCUCAAAACUCAAUGAUGAAUGAAAAUGCUGGUGUUGCCAACCUGGGGGCUCUGCCAGCAGCCAACCAGCCAGCUAAUGCUGGAAUCCGGAAGCAGUGGCAUGAAGAUAUUACCCAGGAUCUUCGGAAUCAUCUUGUUCAUAAACUUGUCCAAGCCAUAUUCCCAACCCCGGAUCCCGCUGCUCUCAAAGACAGGCGGAUGGAGAACCUGGUUGCUUACGCUCGGAAAGUGGAGGGAGACAUGUAUGAAUCUGCAAAUAGUCGGGCUGAGUACUAUCACCUUCUCGCUGAAAAGAUCUACAAGAUUCAGAAAGAACUAGAGGAGAAACGCCGUACUAGGCUCCAAAAACAGAACCUGAUGCCUACUGGCCCCGGCCUACCGCCUCCUUCCAUGAGUCAGGGGCCCAGCCUGGGGCCCCCACCGCCCACCAUGGCUGCCAAUGGUCCUUUGCCAGACCCAAACAUGAUCCGUGCCAAUGUUCCAACCCAGAUGAUGCCUCGGAUGCCUCCACAGACAGGAAUGAAUCAGUUUGGCCAGAUGAACAUGCAGCUGCCCUCUCUUGGACCCAGACAGACGCCGCCUCUUCAGCACCCUGGACAGCUCAGUCAGGCGGGGCCCAUGAACCAGUCUCUUGCCUUUGCUUCACGGAUGCAACAGCCAGGAGUCGGUCAGCCUUCCAACCAGAACCAAUUCCUUCAACAGAAUCAGUUUUCUGCUUCUUCUCAAGGACUGAAUGCUGCAAAUAUGCCUAUGGCUCAGCCCAAUAGCCAGGCACCAGUGUCUCAAGCACAGAUGUCCAGUUCUUCCUGUCCGGUGAAUUCUCCUGCAAUGACUCCUGGUUCACAGGGGAACCACAUUCACUGCCCCCCUCUCCCUCAACCCUCGCUGCAUCGGAAUUCACCUUCUCCGGUCCCCAGUAGGACUCCUACACCACAUCAUACUCCCCCAGGCAUGGGGUCCCAGCAGCCUCCAGCUCCAGUAGCGUCAGCUCCUGCUCCAACACCCCCAGCAAUGAACUCUGGACCACAGCCCCCUGCUCUCCACCCUACUCCGAGACAGACGCCCACACCUCCUCAGGCACAGCUUCCUCCCCAAGUACAGCCUCCACUUCCUGCUGUUCCUUCAGUUGAGCCACCCCAGCAACAACCCCUCUCCCAGCAGAGCGCCACACCAUCGGUGCCCACCCCAACGGCCCCACUACCUCCUCAACAGCCGACAACUCCACUUUCCCAGCCUGCUGUGAGCAUUGAAGGACAGGUGUCAAAUCCUCCGUCAACUAGUAGCAUAGAAGUGAAUUCCCAGACCGCUCCUGAGCAGCAGCCUUCUCAGGACCUCAAGAUUGGCUCCAAAAUGGAGGAGGAUCCAUCAGAACCCGGAGACCCCCAGCCAGAGGAUAAGCCAGAGGUUAAAGCAGUGGCUGCAACGGAAGACAAUAAGCUGGAAGCCAUGGACACAGAAGAGAAACCCAGAGAAGUGAAAAUGGAAGUGAAGGAGGAAGAAGAGCAGCCAAACACUCCAGCCACUCAGUCUUCUCCAGCCCCAGGACAGUCGAAGAAAAAAAUUUUCAAGCCAGAAGAAUUACGUCAGGCACUUAUGCCAACACUGGAGGCCCUUUACCGUCAGGAUCCAGAAUCUCUACCCUUCCGGCAGCCUGUUGACCCCCAGCUUCUAGGAAUUCCGGAUUAUUUUGAUAUAGUGAAGAGUCCAAUGGAUCUCUCUACCAUUAAAAGGAAAUUAGACACGGGACAGUACCAAGAGCCCUGGCAGUAUGUGGAUGACAUAUGGCUUAUGUUCAACAAUGCCUGGCUCUAUAACCGAAAGACAUCGAGGGUGUACAAGUACUGCUCCAAGCUGGCCGAGGUCUUUGAGCAGGAAAUUGAUCCUGUCAUGCAGAGCCUUGGCUAUUGCUGUGGCAGAAAGUUGGAGUUUUCACCCCAAACACUUUGUUGCUAUGGCAAACAAUUGUGCACAAUCCCUCGAGAUGCCACUUACUACAGUUACCAAAACAGGUAUCAUUUCUGUGAGAAGUGUUUCAAUGAAAUCCAGGGCGAGAGCGUAUCUCUGGGGGAUGAUCCAUCCCAGCCUCAAACUACAAUAAAUAAGGAACAGUUUUCCAAAAGAAAGAAUGAUACACUGGAUCCUGAACUAUUUGUUGAAUGUAUAGAAUGUGGCCGGAAAAUGCAUCAGAUCUGUGUCCUUCACAACGAAGUCAUCUGGCCCUCUGGAUUUGUCUGUGAUGGGUGUCUGAAGAAAACUGGACGAACUCGGAAGGAAAACAAGUUUUCAGCUAAAAGGUUGCCAUCCACCAGGCUUGGUACCUUCCUUGAAAACCGAGUAAAUGACUUCCUGAGACGGCAGAAUCACCCAGAGUCAGGAGAGGUCACAGUUCGGGUUGUUCAUGCUUCAGAUAAAACCGUUGAGGUGAAGCCGGGCAUGAAAGCAAGGUUUGUCGACAGUGGUGAAAUGGCAGAAUCCUUCCCUUACCGAACAAAGGCCCUUUUCGCCUUCGAGGAAAUAGAUGGUGUUGACUUGUGCUUUUUUGGCAUGCAUGUUCAGGAGUAUGGAUCUGACUGCCCUCCACCCAAUCAGAGGAGAGUAUAUAUAUCUUACCUCGACAGUGUUCAUUUUUUCCGUCCCAAAUGCUUCAGGACUGCAGUCUAUCAUGAAAUCUUAAUUGGCUACUUAGAAUAUGUUAAGAAAUUAGGAUACACCACGGGACACAUCUGGGCCUGCCCUCCAAGCGAAGGUGAUGACUACAUCUUUCACUGCCAUCCUCCCGAUCAGAAGAUCCCUAAACCCAAACGACUGCAGGAAUGGUACAAAAAGAUGCUGGACAAGUCUGUGUCUGAGCGCAUUGUGCAUGAUUACAAGGACAUUUUUAAACAAGCCACAGAAGAUCGUUUAACAAGUGCAAAGGAACUUCCUUACUUUGAAGGGGAUUUCUGGCCCAAUGUGCUGGAGGAGAGCAUCAAGGAACUAGAGCAGGAAGAAGAAGAGAGAAAGAGAGAAGAGAACACGAGCAAUGAGAGCACAGAUGUGACAAAGGGAGACAGCAAGAACGCCAAAAAGAAGAAUAAUAAGAAAACAAGCAAAAACAAAAGCAGCCUGAGCCGGGGAAACAAGAAGAAGCCAGGCAUGCCCAAUGUAUCAAAUGACCUCUCCCAGAAGUUGUACGCCACCAUGGAGAAGCACAAAGAGGUCUUCUUUGUGAUUCGCCUCAUUGCUGGCCCUGCCGCCAACUCUCUGCCUCCCAUCGCUGAGCCCGACCCACUCAUCCCGUGUGACCUGAUGGACGGCCGUGACGCCUUCCUCACCCUGGCUAGGGACAAACACCUGGAGUUCUCCUCCCUGCGCAGGGCCCAGUGGUCGACCAUGUGCAUGCUGGUGGAGCUGCACACCCAAAGCCAAGAUCGCUUUGUUUACACCUGCAAUGAGUGCAAGCACCACGUGGAGACGAGAUGGCACUGCACGGUCUGCGAGGACUACGACUUGUGCAUCACCUGCUAUAACACUAAGAACCAUGACCACAAGAUGGAGAAACUCGGCCUGGGCCUGGACGACGAGAGCAAUAACCAGCAGGCGGCGGCGACCCAGAGCCCGGGGGAUUCGCGCCGGCUGAGCAUCCAGCGUUGCAUCCAGUCACUGGUCCACGCCUGCCAGUGCCGCAACGCCAACUGCUCGCUGCCUUCCUGCCAGAAGAUGAAGAGGGUGGUCCAGCACACCAAGGGUUGCAAGCGCAAGACCAAUGGUGGCUGCCCCAUCUGCAAGCAGCUCAUUGCCCUCUGCUGCUACCACGCCAAGCACUGCCAGGAGAACAAGUGCCCGGUGCCCUUCUGCCUCAACAUCAAGCACAAGCUCCGCCAGCAGCAGCUGCAGCACCGCCUGCAGCAGGCCCAGAUGCUACGCCGGAGGAUGGCCAGCAUGCAGCGCACCGGCGUGGUGGGCCAGCAGCAGGGCCUGCCCUCGCCCACCCCGGCCACGCCCACCACACCCACCGGCCAGCAGCCCCCCACGCCCCAGACACCCCAGCCUCAGCCCCCGCCCCAGCCUGCCUCCCAGCCUCAGCCCGCGCCCCCCAACAACAUGCCACCCUACAGCAUGCCCAGAGCUCAGCCGCCUGGGCCUGUGUCCCAGGGCAAGGCAGGGGGGCAGGUGACCCCUCCCACCCCACCGCAGACCUCUCAGCCCCCCGUCCAAGGACCCCCGCCGGCGGCCGUGGAGAUGGCCAUGCAGAUCCAAAGGGCCGCCGAAACACAGCGCCAGAUGGCUCACGUUCAGAUUUUCCAGCGGCCCAUCCAACACCCGAUGCCGCAGAUGACUCAGAUGGCCCCCAUGGGCAUGAACCCUCCCCCCAUGGCCCGAGGUCCCGGUGGCCACCUGGAGCAGGGGCUGGGCCCGGCAGGGGUGCAGCAGCAGCAGCCCCCCUGGGCCCAGAGCGGCUUGCCCCAGCCACCGCAGUUCCAGCCGGGCAUGCAGAGGCCCGCUAUGAUGUCGGGGAACCAGCCCGGGCAGCCCAUGAACAUGGCUCCCCAGCCGGGCCUGGGCCAGGUCCCUGCGGUGGCCCAGUCCAAGCAAGGCUCCUUGCCUCAGGCAGCCUUACAGAACCUACUGAGAACUCUGCGCUCCCCCAGCUCGCCCAUGCAGCAGCAGCAGGUGCUCAACAUCCUCCACGCCAACCCCCAGCUGCUGGCCGCCUUCAUCAAGCAGCGGGCGGCCAAGUACGCCACCCAGAACCCCCCAGGCCUCCCCCAAGGCCAGCCCCCCAUGCAGGUGCAGCAGGGCGUGCACCCCAACCCGGCCAUGCAGGCCAUGAACCCCAUGCAGGCCGGCGUGCAGAGGGCCAGCCUGCCCCCGCCACAGCCACAGCCGCCUCCCCAGCCCCAGCCUCCGCCGGCCAUGGGGGGAGUGAGCCCCCAGGCUCCGCAGAUGAACAUGAAUCACGGGGGCAUGUCGGCCCAAUUCCGGGAGCUCCUCAUGAGGCGGCAGCAGCAGCAGCUGCUUGACCAGCAGCGGCAGCAGCAGCAGGGGGUGGGCCCCGCCAUGGGCAACCACGGCCAGUUCCCGCAGCCCCAGGGCCUGGGCUACCCCCAGCAGCAGCAGCAGCAGCGCAUGCAGCACCACAUGCAGCAGAUGCAGCCGGGAGCCAUGGGACAGAUGAGCCAGCUUCCACAGGCCAUGGGGGCAGAGCCAGCGGCCCAACUGCAGCAGGCCUACCAGCAGCGGCUGCUCCAGCAGCAGAUGGGCUCCCCUGCGCCGCCGAACCCCAUGAGCCCCCAGCAGCACAUGCUCCCGGGCCAGGCCCAGGGCCAGCAGAUUCCCCCGUCGCUCAGCAGCCAAGUGCGCUCCCCCCAGCCCGUCCCAUCCCCCCGACCCCAGUCCCAGCCGCCCCACUCCAGCCCCUCUCCCCGGAUGCAGCCUCAGCCGUCCCCGCACCACGUGUCCCCACAGACCAGCUCCCCGCACCCAGGACUGGUGGCUGCCCAGGCCAACGCCAUGGAGCAAGGGCACUUUGCCAGCCCGGACCAGAGUGCCAUGCUCUCCCAGCUGGCGGGCAACCCCGGCAUGGCGGGUCUCCACGGGGCAGGCGCCUCGGACCUGGGGCUGAGCGCCGACAGCUCAGACUUGAAUUCAAGCCUUUCACAGAGUACACUAGACAUACACUAGAGAUACCUUGUAGCAUUUUGGGAGCAAAAAAAAAAACUUAUUUUCUCUUAAGACUUUUUGUACUGAAGACAAAAUUUUUUUGAAUCUUUCUUAGCCUAAAAGACAAUUUUCCCCGGAACACAUCUGAACUGGGCAGCAAAAGCUUGUGGUUUCAAACAAAAAGCAAACUUUGAACCUGAGGGAUGACAGAAUAUAAAGAAUCUAUUUUUGUUAUGGCCGCUCCCCGCCAGUCCUCCUUCCCCCCCUUUCGCCCUUUUCCCGCCUCUUCCCCUUCUGUGCUCCCCUUCCCCUUCCUCCUGUGUGUGCAGUGCAGAGUCAAGGCCACAUGCUUUUUCCUUGCACCUGCAUUACAGUUUAUUAUUUUUUUUAAAUUAAUGAAAAUAUGUAAUAUUGAUAGUUAUUAUUUACUGGUGCAGAUGGUUGACAUUUCUCCCCAUUCUUUUUCCUCAUGACACCAUGGCAGAGAAGUUAACACAUGAACAUUUCUUAAACCAGAGGACAAAAGGGGUUAAUGUUGCUUUAAAAAAAAAUACAUAUUAUAUAAAUAUAUAUAUAUAAAUAUAUAUUAAAAAUACCAAUUUUUCCUCUUUGGGUGCAAAGAUGUUCAUUCUUUUAAAAAUGUUUAAAAAGAAAAAAGAUGAAAUAGUCCAGUCCCCCUUUGAGUCCACUUUUGUCCUCCAGACGUUUUCUGUACGAGAGUUGUGCGUAAAACUUCGAGUAUUAAAAACAAUUCAUACAUGUAGAGAGAACAACAAAGAUGCUUUCAGACUAUGCAGGGGCAGCUGUCACGUGGAUGUAGGAUAUAUAUUGCGGUUUUGUUUCUUGAAAGAAUUUUUUUCGUUAUUUUUACAUCUAACAAAGGAAAAAAACAAAAAAAGAGGGUGACUUCCAAGGGGAUGAUUUUAACAUGCAAAUAUGUCCCUGGGUUACGUUAGGCUUGCUUUCUUUCCCCUCUCCUUCCCUCCCUCUUCCACUUUCUGUAAAACUUGAAAAUAGAAAGCAAAAAACAAAAAAAAAAACAACCCUCAAAUGUUGUAAAUCAUGCAAUUAAAAGUUGAUUACUUAUAAAUAUGAACUUUCGAUCACUGUAUAGACUGUUAAAAUUGAUUUCUUAUUACCUAUUGUUAAAUAAACUGCGUGAGACAGAC